CCUGCAAACCGCUGUACGUCAAUCCGUAUCUACACGUCUGUCUGUCUGUCUGUCUCUCUGUCUGCCUGCCGACACGAAAAAACACUCGAUGUCAUGUCAACAAACAUCCCUGCACACAGCGAGCGAGCGAAGGGCAUGGCAUCCGGCAGGCCCCUCGCCAAUCAAUGCAUAACCGAUUCCCUCUCACGCCCCCUUCCCCAGCCCCGCCAUGUAUGUCAUUCCUUCUUGACGGGGCGCGUCAUGGCCAGCAGCUGCUCCACGUCCAUCAGAUUGCCACGGGGGUCGUUGGCAGAACUGCAGUCAUCACAUACACACAUACGUCACCGCCACACACACACACACACAUGGACACACAUAACAUGCAGUCGGCCAAAAGAGCUCUCACUGGUGUUGAGUUGACCUGGUGGCGGGUUUCUUGCCGGGAGGCUGCAGGCCGCCCAGCCCCUCGGGCGCCUCCCUCUUGACACCAGCCGUCGGGUUGGUCGAUAUCUCGAUCUUGAAGCCCCCAACACCACCACCCGGCCGUGACGCCAUCAUCCCUACCCCGCUCAUCUCACCCUUCGGCCGCACCGCCAUCACAGCCGCCCUCGGCCCGUCCUCCACCUCGUCAGGCUUGGGCACCGUCAGCCAGGGAAUCGCCUUGGACGUCUUUUUCUGCCCCGAGGGAUCCCCGGUGUCCUUGGAUAUCUUGAGGAUGGAGGCGUCGGCGAGCGAUGCCGCCUGGGUGAUCUUGUUGGCGUCGCUGUCCGCCCCCUGCGGCUGUUUCUCCUUGACGGGAAGGGGGAAGUGGAUCAUCUGCAUGUGCUGGAUGCGGUUCAUGACGUCCAUCAGGGUCGCCAGCUGACGGCGGGCGCGGGUCUCACGCUCUGUCGUCAAGGCACGCAAUGCCACGCUGUCCUGCAGGAAGGAACGACACACGUGUGUGUGUGUGUGUGUGUGUGUAUGUAUCUUGUUCCCUCGACCACUCUCUCAGUCACUGACCCCAGCCUUGAGCUUCUCCAUGCACUUUUCGCAUAGGAAGUGUCCGUCGUCAGGGUGCCGCGGGAAGAGCUGCACCUUUAGGGAGGUGUACUUCUCACCACACCGGGGGCACACGAACUCGUCCAUCGAAAAGGCGUCGGACACUGCCUGCAUUGCAACCCAUCCACACACACAGACACACACACACGCGCACCGCCGUGAAAAGACACAUCCACGUAUGUGUGUGUAUGUGUGUGUGUGUGUGUAGUGCGAAGGUCACACACGUGACCUUGUGUGGAGGUGGGGUGACUGACCUGUUUGAGGUUUCUGUCGAGUUCGUCCAGGCGCCACUUGACCGAGUGGACCACAUUCGGGUGAAUGCGCCAGUACGCCGGGGAGCCCUUGGCGCGCUCCCAGGGCUUCUCGCACUCGAGGAUCAUCUCCUGCUCAAGGUGAACCAACGCUUCACGCAGCUGACGACGCCCGAGACACACACACACACACACACACAGAGAGAGAGAGAGAGAGACAGGUCCACCAUGUCUGUCUGCAUCUCCCUCCCUCCUCCGCUCGUGUGUUACCUGUUUGUCGUAGAGAUCCAGCCUGUCCUUGAUCUCCUUCUCCAGCACCGCCCUCUCCUCUCGCGCCAGGAAGCUGCACACAACGAAGUGGAUGUCGUCAUAAAAGGUCGCCGUCACCAGCUUGAUGAACCGCCGGAACAAGUCGCGGUUGAACGGGAUGGCCCUGGACGCUGUGCUAGAGGGGGAGCGAGAGGCAGAGGGCGCACCGGCCUUCUUGCUGCGGCCUGCCGCGCCUGCUGCUGCAGCAGCGGCGGAGGACGCGCCUGCCGGGGCGUCUUUCGGCAUCUCUGAUCUGUGUGGUCAGCAGAAGAUGCUGGCGGCAAGCAGUGACGGAUUCCUCUGCGUUGGUGAGUGAUUUGUGUUUCAUAGGGACAGAACAG